AUGCAGGAGGAAACCGAGACAGGCGAAAACUCGCUGUUUGAUCCGUCAGUAAACAGUCACAGACCCGCCUCAGGAAAAUCACAGGACAUUUCUCAUGUACUAGCGAGCAUUUUCAAGCACCUUUACACAAAAGACAUCAUUGGGAAGGACACACUGUCCAACCUCACGAAGACAAAGAAGGGAACAAGCAGCUAUCAUGACAGAUAUGUUGAAGAGCUGGCACAGGCUCAUUCAGAAUACAGCCAAUGUAUAAAAGAGGCAGAUGUGCUGGAGAGUCAUGUAAUUCAGGCCAGAGCUCGGGCUGCAGCCACAGAAAGCCAGGCCUAUGAAAGGAUGAGAGAGGAGAUUGGUGAUGUUUAUGAUCAUCAGGGUCUCCUUACAGUCAAAUCAGCCUUUUCCUGGUGUGUAGAUGAAGAUCUUCUCAAAAUGAACAACCUGAUUUCCCCCCAGGACUACUUACCUACACAAAAACCACGUGCUGAAGCACCAGCAGCAGUAAAAACAAAUCCUGGCAGACCUACCUUUAGCUACAACAUGCAUGUGUCCAGGGAGCCUCAGGAUGAUGGUUAUACUCUGAUUCACAGUCUAGAAAAGACUGUCCCAGAAAUGCAUCAGUCAGAUCUCAGCCUGACUCUAGAGUCCAGCUCAUAUACUCCAAGGGGAAUGAAAACACCCAGUGAGAAGCCAAACCAGAUCAAACCCAGACCAAAGUGGAAGGAUGAGCCAAGCGCAAAAGAUCGGGCAGAGGGUUUGGAAAAACUUCAAAAGCUGAAAGAAAGACACAGCUUCCUCCGAAAUCCACGCUUCCUUCCUCCAAAUGCACAGCAGGGUGGCACAUCCCUCAUUCGCUCCAAAGCCAAAGCGGCAAAGACAGAGCGCUUGAGGAAAGGAAUGGAGGAGCAAAGUUCCAGUGAUGAUCCUGUUCCAGUAUUCCUGGCAAAACCUUCAAUAGUGUUCUUCACAGACUACACUGUGGGACAUGUGUAUGAGACUAUGCUGGAGCUGAAAAACAUGACUUCCUCAAGCCGUCAUGUCCGAGUGAUCCCUCCUACCACUUCUUACUUCUCUAUUGGCCUGGGAAGAUUUCCUGGAGAGGGCGGUGUUGUUGCUCCAGGGAUGAGUUGUAAGUACACGGUGCGUUUCGCUCCAGACUCUCUGGCAGACUAUGAGGACUUCAUAGUGGUAGAGACCCAGGCUGAGCACCUACUUGUGGUGCCUAUUGAGGCCCGACGACCCCCUCCUGUACUCACCUUGCCUAGAGUUCUGGACUGUGGUUAUUGUCUGAUUGGAGGAGUAAAGUUUGUUGAGUUCCUUUGCCAAAAUGUUGGUCUCAGUGCUGGGACUUUCUGCGUUAUCCCAAAGAACCAGUGGCCAGCCUCCAACCUCAGGUCAGUGGUGAGAACUUACUUUUCUGAGCAGCCGCCCUUUGCAGUCAGCCCGUCUCUCUUUGUGCUGCAGCCAGGAGAGGCAGUUGUAGUGGAGGUGGUUUUCUUUCCCACCACUGCUGAGAGGAGCUGUCAGGUGUUCACUGUAGUAUGUGACAACUGCCAGGUGAAAGACAUUUCCAUUGAAGGUGAGGGUCAGCUGAUUGCUCUUGAGGUUGUGUCUAUAUCUGGGGAGAAGGAGCCUGCUGUGGUGGGAGAGGUGCAUGAUCUCACUGCAAACCACUUUGUCCGUUUCAGUCCAUGCAACCCUCACUCUUUGCAGCAGAAGAAGCUAGUCAUCAGAAACAAUGUCCACUUAGAGCUGCCUUUCCACUGGCAGAUCAUGAAGCCCAACCUGCACCCUCUGCUUCCAGGGGAAAGCCCGAAGCCAUCCCAUAUCCACUUCCACCCGGCCACAGAUGGUGCUUUUCACGUCAGCCCCCUAACAGGCAUUCUGGCUCCCUGCCAGGACCAAGAGUUCCUGCUUACCUUUUCUCCUAAUGAGUUGAAGGAUUACCACAGUGUCUGUCAUUUAGUCCUGAGAGACGUCCCCCAUCUGCCACCAGAGCCCUGUGAUGACAGUGUCCUUCAGCCUGUGUGCGUUGGCUCCAAGGUGAACGAUGUCAUCGUCAUAGAUAUAGAGGUCAAGGGAUUAACAGAGCCCUACCAUGUCCUGCUGGAGCCCUAUGCUGUUGUAAUUCCUGGUGAACUUUUAAUUGGCACAACUACCCGGAGGCAGUUCAAGAUGUGGAACCACAGCAAAAUCUGUGUGUUUUUUCAAUGGGAGAGGAUGAGCAGCGACUGCCACAUAAUAGAAGUAGAGCCAUCUACUGGUCAAAUAGAGGAGAACGAGUGCUUUGAUUUUGACCUGAUUGUGACUGGAGGGAAACCAGAGAGGGUCGUGACCAGUCUGCUUUGCCACAUAGAGCAUCGUCAUGAGCCUGUUGCCUUGGCUGUGGAAGUCUCCUUCAAAGGUUCUAUAGUGACCGUCAGCGUGCCUAGCGUGGACUUUGGGCUCAUGAGACUUGGGGAACAAACACAGACCACACUCCUCCUCACCAACAUCACCCAGUUGGAGUCUUCCUGGACGCUGGAGGAGAGGCAUAACAGUCAGCAAGACCACCAAGACACACAGAUAUUAGUGGAGCCAUGCAGAGGUGUGCUGCCUCCUUUGGCUUCUUGCAGUGUUGACGUCCUCUUUAGACCAUAUUUCUGCCAGCAGUUAGAAACAGAGCUGAACCUGACAGUGGAGAAUGGAACAGGAUGUCACCUGUCAGUGCGAGCAGAUGUGCAGUCUCCUCAGGUGUGUCUGCUAAACUGUGAGCUGGUCUUCUCUGAACUCUACAUUGGAGUUCCUGCUGAGGGUGUGGUCACGCUUUUCAACCAGACCCUGCUGCCUUCACACUUCACUUGGAUGCCUCAGCUCCAGGGUUCACAGUCUUCACUGGUUACAGCCAGUUUUAAUCCCUCAUCUGGUACCCUGGGACCUAAUGCCAGCAUGGAGAUCACUGUUACCUUUACUUCUCACAGCGAUCUGGAGCUGGCUGAGGUGGCAGCUCUCUGUGAGGUAGAGGGGAUGAACUCUCCUCUUAUUCUUUGCAUUGUGAUUGGCAAAACCAAGAAACUCAGUGUGUCCUUUUCGCUGCCCAGUGUCUGCUCUCCUGCCGAUGAUCAGAUCCCCUCAGCACUGGAACUCAAUUUUGGAGAUGAUGUCAUUUUGAACAGGGCUGUUACCAAGCAGUUAUUGAUAACCAAUCAAACUGCUAUCCCUGCCCCUUUCACCAUAGAGGCGGAGUAUUUCACCUGCCAUGCCUCAAAGCCACGUAAUCAGUCAGAGAAAAGAUGUGCAUACAUCAAGAAGCCGCUUCACUCUGUUCAAGCCAAGAGAAUAGAAGAAAAAGCACAUGAGGCGUUUGUGAGCAGCCUGCUGGCUCAUGGAAAAGGUGCAGCAUUCUUUGUCCUGCCAAACACGGGGACACUGGGACCAUUUGAGACCCAGACUGUGGAGGUGACCCUCUACAGUGACAUGUGGGGGGAAUACCGAGAUCGCCUCAUAUGCAAAGUGGGUGACCUUGAGCCCACACUCAUCCCCAUGCAGAUGACAGUGAAAGGCUGUCCGCUCUACUUCCAGAUGACAGGCCCACAUCCAGUUGACCAGAACCAGGGACCAAUCAUACAGUUUGGUACUCAUGUAUCUGGAAGUGACACAGUGUCUCGUUCUCUUCGCAUUAACAAUCCCACCAUGUUUGAUAUUCGUAUGGACUGGGAGACCUAUAACAUAGAUCAGAAAGAUCGUAAGUUGGUGGAUGUUUUGGUGGCCUACGGGGACACCUUCCCUGUCAAGGACGCUGAUGGCAAUGAGAUAAUAAGUGGAGCAAUGAGGCUUUCUAAUAGGAACAUUCAAACAGCCUGGGAACAAACUCACACCAGAUGCUCUGAGGGAACGAGUGGUUCUAUCCAAAGCGAGACCGAUGUGGAAGACGAGGAAUAUUUAACCGAGGAUGAUUGUGAGGAAGAGGAAACCUCUCUUUAUCCUUGCCUUGCGAAGAAAAAACUCUUCUCUGUCCACAUUCGACCUCAUGUGGGCAGUCUAUCUGAUUACCCUUACUGCAUCACCCCACAGCAAAUAGUGAUUCCAGCGAAAAGUAGCGGCACCAUCCAUGUGUCUUUCACUCCUUUGACCCUUUCUGGGUCAGCUUGUGAGUCCAGAUGUGUGGGCUUGGCUCUUGGCUUCAUGAGUCUAGACUCAGAGAUGGCUGCCUGUGUUCCGGGUAAAGUUGGAAGGGUUCAGGGUUUGGAUUUGGAGCCUGUCAGAAUGGAUCUACUAGCAGUCGUCAAGCCUGCAGUGCUGUUAGUGCAGAUGGAGGAGGAUGAAGGGAUGCUGGAGUUUCAUGCCACGGCCGGUGAUUUACUGAGGGGAGAAUCAGAGGAGGUGUUACUGCAGGAAUUUGACACCAUUCAGACGUUUCAACUGAAAAACACCUCUGAGAUGCUCCUGCACUUCAGACUGGAGACUCGGCCUCCAUUUUUAGUGCUCAAGCCGCAGCCCCGAGCCCAGAGUAGCAUCUCCAGCAACCCACCUACUGGUGACAGUCAGACGCUGGUGCUACAACCCCGACAUAGCAUGCAGGUGAAAGUGGCCUUCCAUUGCUCCCUGCCCCUUCUGGACCAUGCAGAUCAGCAAGCCGACGGGGAUAUUCCUCCUGGGGUUACACUGGUCCACAGUGCAAGGGGGCAGAGGAAGCUGAGGUUCCAGCAAAACCUCCUGAUUCACUACAGCAACAACAGUGUGCAGACAGUGCCACUCCAGGCCCAUCUGAGUCUUGCAACACUGAGCCUAUCCACUGACAGUAUCAACUUUGGGUCCUGCUACGUAGGGCAGAUGCAGACCAUAGAUGUACACCUCCACAGCUAUGGAGCUCACACUUUUUGGAGAUCAGUUACAGAGUCAGAUGAAGGGGACUCCUGUGUCUUCAGAGUGACACCAGACUUUGGGCUCCUAAUGUCCAAGGAACUCCGUGUCACCAGCUGCAGCCAGUCUCUACAGAUCAGCUUCACAGCCAGUGAGGACAGAGAAUUCAAGGCCACAGUGGUAAUCCAGUCUCCUUUGGUGAAGACUCCCCUCACUCUGCAUCUCCAGGGGACAGGGUCCUUUGAUGAAGUGUACAAGCCAUCUGCUAUAUAA